AUGGUUGUGUUUGACUUUGACUGGAGUCUGGUGGAGGAGAACAGCGACACCUGGGUGCUAGAUCAACUUGGCGCCACGGCCAUCUUUAAGCGCUUGAAAGCCACAGGGAUGCCAUGGACUCAGCUGAUGGAUAUCAGUCUCCUGGCUGCGCAUGAGGAGCUGGGAAAGGGGCGGCAGGAAAUCUUGGAAGCAUGUGCCAGCGUGCCGUUUGCUGCAUGCAUGCAACAGGCUGUCAAAGAGCUGGCAGGCAGAGGAUGUGACCUGGUGAUUCUCAGCGACGCCAACUCGCUCUACAUCGACACCAUCUUGCAGCACCACGGCCUUCAGGAACACUUCAAAGAGGUCCACACCAACAGAGCCUAUUGGGAGGGUGACUCGCUAAGAGUGCUGCCACAUCAUCAGGAUCCUGAGCCCCACGGCUGCCCCAACUGCCCUGCAAACCUGUGCAAGGGCAAGGUGAUGGAGCGGCUGCUGCUGCAGCAGAACUACAGCAGAGUAGUGUAUCUGGGAGAUGGGCCUGGCGACUUCUGCCCAUCCACCCGCCUGGGGCCUCGUGACUUCGUGCUCAGCAGGGAGUUUUACCCGACAGGGGCACCCUGCUCCCUGCUGCGCCUGGCGAGGGCUGAGUCAGCACGCGUCACCGCCUGCUUCCACGGAGCCAGCCGGCCGGCAAACGACGGGGCCGCCGCCGCCGCGCUCGCUUCAGCCGCCGAAGCCGACGGCUGCUCGCAUUCAAACUCGCAUGCGGAUCUCCUGGCUGGCAGCAAUGCUGGCGAGGAAGGGGUGUGCCGGAGAAAACAGAUGCAGAGAGGGGUUGCCAGCUGA